AUGCCAGUGCCAUUCCUACAUUUCCGUACACUCUACCACCGCAUCAGCCACUCUCACACUCCCCUCCUCAUUCGCAACCUCAUGGCCGCCGCCGUACCCAUAACCCCAUCAAACACCCGCCUUGGAUGGAUCGGUACCGGCGUAAUGGGCCAAUCCAUGUGCGCCCAUCUCAUCCGAGCCGGCUACACCCUCACCGUCUUCAACCGUACCCCAUCCAAAGCCCAACCACUCCUCGACAUCGGAGCCAACCUCGCCGCCUCCCCCCACGACGUCGCGUCCCAAUCCGACGUCGUUUUCACCAUCGUUGGCUACCCCUCCGACGUCCGCUCCGUCCUCCUCGACGCUAACUCGGGAGCCCUCGCCGGCCUCAAACCCGGAGGAAUCCUUAUCGACAUGACCACCUCAGAUCCCAGCCUUGCCGUCGAAAUCGCCGCCGCUGCAUCUUCCAAAAACUGCCACUCAAUAGACGCCCCAGUCUCCGGUGGAGACCGCGGCGCAAAGAACGGAACCCUAGCUAUCUUCGCCGGUGGAGAUGAGUCAAUAGUCAAAAAGCUCGAACCUUUGUUUACACAAUUAGGAAAAGUGAACUACAUGGGUAGUAGUGGUAAAGGCCAAUACGCGAAGCUAGCAAAUCAGAUAACAAUAGCUUCAACGAUGGUAGGGUUGAUUGAAGGGAUGGUUUAUGCUCACAAAGCCGGACUCGAUGUAGGUUUGUACCUCGACGCGAUUUCGACCGGUGCAGCCGGGACGAAGUCGCUUGAUUUAUACGGGAAGAGAAUCCUGAAGAGGGAUUUUGCAGCAGGGUUUUAUGUGAACCAUUUUGUGAAGGAUUUGGGGAUUUGUUUGAAGGAGUGUGAGAUAUUGGGUAUUGCUUUGCCUGGUUUGGCACUUGCUCAACAGCUUUACGUCUCGCUUAAGGCUCAUGGUGAAGGUGAUUUGGGUACUCAGGCUCUUAUUUUGGUUCUUGAGAGACUCAACAAUGUUUCUCUACCAGUUCCGGUUUGA